AUGGCCUUUGGAGGAGCCUUCUGUUCGGGUGUCACAUUCAGCAUCACGUCAGCCCCUUCCAUGUCGACAAAGAUUGACGCUCUAGCCCUUAAGGUCGCCAACACCGAUUGCGAGUUUUGCGGGUCGCCGAGCGGGGGCUACGACGCGUCCCUUUCGAGCACGUACGAGGCCGAUGGGUCGCCUUUCUCCAUCCAGGGCACAUACGACUACACGGUAUUGACAGGAGGUCGCGGGGCGUGGUGCGGCAUGGAGCGCCCCGCACACACCCGUACAAUCUUGAGACUUGAAUCAUGGCCCUGUUCCGCAGGCACUAUGCAUACGUAG